AUGGCGGAUAGGUUGGGUCUUGUUGCAACGAUAAAGGAUCGAGCGAAUGAAAUAUAUAAGAAGGUGGAAGAUCAAAAGCCUCUUAAAGGACGGAAUCAAGAUGCUAUCUUGGCUGCUUGCCUCUACAUUGCAUGUCGGCAAGAGGACAAACCACGAACCAUGAAAGAAAUAUGCACUGUUGCAAAUGGUGCAACCAAGAAGGAGAUUGGACGAGCUAAAGAAUUCAUUGUGAAACAGCUAGAGUUGGAAAUGGGUCAAUCGGUGGAGAUGGGAACCAUUCAUGCAGCCGACUUUUUGAGACGUUUUUGUUCGCAUUUGGGUAUGACAAACCAAGCAGUGAAAGCUGCUCAAGAAGCAGUACAAACAUCCGAAGAGCUCGAUAUAAGGAGAAGUCCGAUAUCCAUAGCAGCAGCAAUAAUCUACAUAAUAACGCAACUUUCAGACGACAAGAAGCUUCUCAAAGAUAUUUCACUUGCAACGGGAGUGGCUGAAGGUACAAUUCGCAAUUCGUAUAAGGACAUCUACCCGCUUGCGUCAAAAGUAGUUCCGAGUUGGUAUGCCACUGAAGAAGACCUCAGACAACUUUGCACUCCAUGA